GUUAGGCAUUCAGUUGUUUUUUUUCAUUUUAUCACUCUCUCUCUCUCUCUGUCUCUCUCUCUGUCCCUGUGUGUGUGUGUGUGUGUGUGAAUCGAUCAAAUUUCGUUUAUGGAUGACUCUACUUUGGAUAUGCAAGGUAACCAGAAACAAGCAUUUGAUCUAGGCAUGUUUGUUGGGAAUUUGGCUUUAGAUGAGAAUGGCAGGAGUGAUUAUGUGUCUCUAGAGGGGCUACAAGAGGAACUAGAAGAAUGCAAAAAUGAUGAAAAAUUGUCUGACAUUCUUGCGAAAGGAACAAAACUUUGGGAGCACACCAAAGGUGCGGAGAACAAUGUUCGCCAGGUUCAAUUGGAUGCCAUUCAGGCUGCAGAAUCAAAAUUGACAAAAUUUGUUGAAGACAUUAUUGUUCCACCAGGAAUGGUUGAUAUAAUUGUUGAUGGAGAAGUCAAUGAAGAGUACUUAAAGACUCUAGAGUCACUAAGCAAAAAGUUGAAAUUUGCUGAAGUUGAUUCCAUGGUUACAACAUCAAAAGCUCUAAAAGUUGUUCAGCCAGAACUGGAAAGGCUUCGUCAAAAGGCAGUCUCAAAGGUAUUUGAAUUCAUUGCACAAAAAAUACAUGCCCUGAGAAAGUUAAAAACAAGCAUCCAGAUCCCACAGGACAAUAUUCUUCUUAAGUAUAGGUGCUUGAUUAUUUUUCUUAAAGAACAUGGUAUGGAGAUAUAUAAUGAGGUUAAGGCAACAUAUAUUGAUACAAUGAACAAGAUUUUAAGUGCUCAUUUUCGCGCAUACAUACAAGCAAUGGGGAAAUUACAGCUGGAUAUAGCAACAUCAAGUGAUUUGAUUGGAGUUGAGACCAAGAGCACAAGACUUUCCUUAGGAAGAAGAGAAUCUUUGAGGAAUGGUUCAGCUGUUUUUGCAUUGGGUGAUAGGAUUAAUAUUCUAAAGGAAAUUGAUCAGCCGGCAUUGAUCCUGCAUACAGCUGAAGUGAAUUCUGAAAGAUAUCCAUAUGAAGUUUUGUUUAGGAGUCUGCACAAGCUUCUGAUGGAUACCGCUGCUUCUGAAUAUCUUUUUUGUGGUGAUUUCUUUGGUGAAGAAUCUAUAUUCUAUGAAAUCUUUGCUGGACCCUUUGCUGUUCUUGAUGAACAUUUCAAUGUGGUACUUCCAAAUUGUUAUGAUGCCCUUGGUUUGAUGCUUAUGAUACGCAUAGUUGAUCAGCAUCAGAUGGUCAUGUUCAAGCGGAAAAUUCCAUGCUUGGAUUCAUACCUCGACAAGGUCAAUAUUUCUUUGUGGUCUCGUUUGAAAUUGGUACUUGAUAUGCAUCUCAACAGUCUACGAAAUGCCAACGUAAGGACAUUAUGGGAAGAUGAUGUCCAUCCUCACUAUGUAAUGUGGCGCUAUGCUGAAUUUGUAGCAUCGCUUGUCCACCUCAACGUUGAAUAUGGAGAUGGUCAGCUUGAUCUGAACUUUGAAAGAUUACAAAUGGCAAUUGACGACCUGCUCAAUAAGCUUGCCAAAACUUUCACAAAGCCAAAGUUGCAAACCACAUUCCUGAUAAACAACUAUGAUGUGAUGGUUACGGUAUUGAUGAAAUCAGGUACUGGAGGUGGAAGUACAAUGGUACACUUUUGGCAUCUGCUAAAGAGCAACAUACCCAUAUUUGUCGAAGAAAUGCUGCUUGAGCAUUUCAACGAUCUAAUCAAAUUUGUUACUUCACGAGGCUCCGAAGAAUCAAGCUCCAGUGCAGAGAACCCUUCAGCCACUGAUCUUGAACCGCUGGCGUGGGAUUUUUUGAGCAGAUGGAAAGCUGCUAUAGAGUUGAUGUACGAGGAUUGCAUCACAUCUUUCAGCGACAGUUUGUGUGGAAGGAUGAUCCUGAAUAUGGCUUACUUGAGACUGGGCUUCUAUUACAGAAGGCUCAAAGUGUGUGCUAGGAGAAUCGAAGGCUCUUUCAAUGGUUCUUUUAACAGGGUUCUGUUUCCAGUAACCUAUAUAUCUGAUGAAGUUGAUAAAUAUUUGAAGGCUUUCUAGGUAUUAUUCUUGUUUUCAAAGUCACACACAAGGAAAAAUGGCAAAUGAAUACAUAAAUAUUUGGUUUUUUUUUUUCCCGUGAGUGGGCAUUGGAUAAUGUUUUUCUGAUUUGAGUAUUUUGCCAAUCAAUUUAGUUGAUCUUUGUUUCUA